UCCCGUGGCGCACUGCCACAGGCUGAGCCACCAGCUGUGCUAUAUAAGGCCCAGAGGCUGGACCGCUGGAGAGGCAGAGACUUGGACCCCCCAGCUGAGGACUCCCACUCAGGACACGGUCACUGGAUCUGAGACGCUUCCUAGGGGACCACGUUCCAGGGACGACCUGACGUGGUGAAGCACCUUCACUCACCUUCCGUCAUGUUCCCCACUGAGCCCGGGGGAAGGAUGGUGGGGCCCAAGGCCUGGGUGCUUCUCUUCUUCCUGGGCCUGGAGAUCACCUCUGUGCUGGGGAGGCAGAUGAUGAUCACCCAGUCUGUGAGAAGAGUCCGACCUGGGAAGAGGACCCCCAGCAACUUUGCCAAGCCUGCGAGUCCCCUGGAGACUCCUGGCGAGUGGACAACAUGGUUCAACGUUGACCACCCAGGCGGGCAGGGUGACUUCGAGCGACUGGAUGCCAUUCACUUCUACUAUGGGGACCGUGUGUGUGCUCGGCCCCUGCGGCUGGAGGCUCGGACCACUGACUGGAGACCCGCGGGCAGCACUGGCCAGGUGGUCCACGGCAGCCCCCGUGAGGGCUUCUGGUGCCUCAACAGGGAGCAGCGGUCCGGCCAGAACUGCUCCAAUUACACCGUGCGCUUCCUCUGCCCACCAGGAUCCUUGCGCCGAGACACAGACCGGAUCUGGAGCUCAUGGUCUCCCUGGAGCAAGUGUUCUGCUGCCUGUGGUCACACUGGGGUCCAGACCCGAACACGCACCUGCUUGGCAGAGACAGUGUCACUGUGCAGCGAGGCCACUGAGGAGGGCCGGCUCUGUAUGGACCAGGCCUGUACAGCCUGUGACCUGAUCUGCCACAUGGGCCAGGCGAAUGCUGACUGUGAUGCCUGCAUGUGCCAGGACUUCGUGCUGCAUGGGGCCGUCUCCCUCCCUGGGGGUGCCCCAGCCUCAGGGGCCACUGUCUACCUGAUGACCAAGACACUGAAGCCACUGACCCGGACGGACAGUAGUGGGAGAUUCCGAGUCCCUGGCUUGUGCCCAGAUGGCAAAAGCACCCUGAAGAUCACAAAGACCAAGUUUGCUCCCAUCAAGCUCACCAUGCCCAAGACUAGCCUGAAGUCAGCCACAAUCAAUGCAGAGUUUGUGAGAGCAGAGAUCCCAUACAUUGUGAAGAACCCCGAGACCAAGGCACGGAGAGCUGGGCAGAGCGUGGCCCUGUGCUGUAAGGCCACGGGGAAGCCCAGUCCAGACCAGUAUUUCUGGUAUCACAACAACACGCUGCUGGACCCCUCCCUCUACAAGCACGACGGCAAGCUGUUACUGAAGAACCUACAGCGGGACCAGGCUGGGGAGUACUUCUGCAAGGCCCAGAGCGACGCGGGGGCUGUGAAGUCCCAGGUCGCCCAGCUGAUUGUCAUAGCCCCUGAUGAGGCUCCGUGCAACCCAACCCCUGAGAGCUACCUUAUCCGGUUGCCUCAUGAUUGCUUCCAGAAUGCCACCAACUCCUUCUACUAUGACGUGGGCCGUUGCCCUGUCAAGACCUGUGCAGGGCAGCAGGAUAAUGGGAUCAGGUGCCGGGAUGCGAUGGAGCACUGCUGUGGCAUCUCUAAAACAGAGGAGAGGGAGAUCCAGUGCAGUGGGUACACGCUGCCCACCAAGGUGGCCAAGGAGUGUAACUGCCAGCGCUGCACGGAGACCCGGAGUAUUGUGCGGGGCCGCGUCAGCGCUGCCGACAAUGGGGAACCCAUGCGCUUUGGCCACGUGUACAUGGGGAGCAACCGUGUGAGCAUGACUGGCUACAAGGGCACUUUCACCCUCCACAUCCCCCAGGACACGGAGAGGCUGGUGCUCACAUUUGUGGACAGGCUGCAGAAGUUCGUCAACACCACCAAGGUGCUGCCCUUCAACAAGAAGGGGAGUGCAGUGUUCCAUGAGAUCAAGAUGCUUCGGCGGAAAGAGCCCAUCACCUUGGAGGCCACGGAGACCAACAUCAUCCCCCUGGGGGAGGUGGAUGGGGAAGACCCUGUGGCGGAGUUGGAGAUCCCUUCCAAGAGUUUCUACAAGCAGAACGGGGAGCCCUACACAGGAAAAGUGAAGGCCAGUGUGACCUUCCUGGAUCCCCGCAAUAUUUCCACAGCCCCGGCCACCCAGAGUGACCUGAACUUCAUCAAUGACGACGGAGACACCUUCCCCCUUCGAACAUAUGGCAUGUUUUCUGUGGACUUCAGAGAUGAGGCCACCUCUGAGUCACUCAAUGCUGGCAAGGUGAAGGUUCACCUUGACUCGACCCAGGUCAAGAUGCCAGAGCAUGUGUCCACAAUGAAACUCUGGUCGCUCAACCCAGACACGGGGCUAUGGGAAGAGGAAGGUGACUUUAAAUUUGAAAACCAAAGGCGGAACAAGAGGGAAGAGAGAACCUUCCUGGUGGGCAACAUGGAGAUCCGAGAAAGGAGGCUUUUUAACUUGGAUGUCCCUGAAAGCAGGAGGUGCUUCAUCAAGGUGAGGGCCUACAGGAGUGAGAGGUUCUUGCCCAGUGAGCAGAUCCAGGGGGUUGUGGUCUCUGUGAUCAACCUGGAGCCCAGGACUGGCUUCUCAUCCAACCCCAGGGCCUGGGGCCGCUUUGACAGUGUCAUCACGGGCCCCAAUGGGGCCUGUCUGCCUGCCUUCUGUGACGACCAGUCCCCUGAUGCCUACUCUGCCUAUGUCUUGGCAAGCCUGGCUGGGGAAGAACUGGAAGCAGUGGCAUCUUCUCCUAAAUUCAAUCCAAAUGCGAUUGGUGUCCCUCAGCCCUACCUCAACAAGCUCAAGUACCGUCGGACAGACCAUGAGGACCCACGGGUUAAGAAGACGGCUUUCCAGAUUAGCAUGGCCAAGCCAAGGCCCAACUCAGCUGAGGAGAGCAAUGGACCCAUCUAUGCCUUUGAGAAUCUCCGGGCAUGCGAGGAGGCCCCGCCUAGUGCAGCCCACUUCCGGUUCUACCGGAUUGAGGGGGAUCGGUAUGACUACAAUACUGUCCCCUUCAAUGAAGACGAUCCCAUGAGCUGGACUGAAGACUACCUGGCAUGGUGGCCCAAGCCGAUGGAGUUCAGGGCCUGCUACAUUAAGGUGAAGAUCGUGGGGCCAUUGGAGGUGAAUGUGCGAUCCCGCAACAUGGGGGGCACCCACCGACAGACUGUGGGGAAGCUGUAUGGCAUCCGGGAUGUCAAAAGCACCCGGGAUAGGGACCAGCCCAAUGUCUCCUCUGCUUGUUUGGAGUUCAAGUGCAGUGGGAUGCUCUAUGACCAGGAUCGUGUGGACCGCACGUUAGUGAAGAUCAUUCCCCAAGGCAGCUGCCAUCGAGCCAGUGUGAAUUCCAUGCUGCAUGAGUACCUGGUCAACCACCUACCACUGGCAGUCAACAAUGACACCAGUGAGUACACCAUGCUGGCACCCCUGGAUCCACUGGGCCACAACUAUGGAAUCUACACUGUCACGGACCAGGACCCUCGUGUGGCCAAGGAGAUCGCUCUUGGCCGGUGCUUCGAUGGCACGUCGGAUGGCUCCUCCAGAGUCAUGAAGAGCAACGUGGGGGUGGCCCUCACCUUUAACUGCAUAGAGAGGCAGGUGGGUCGCCAGAGCGCCUUCCAGUACCUCCAAAGCAUCCCAGCCCAGACCCCUGCUCCCGGCACUAUCAGAGGAAGAGUGCCCACCAGGAGGCAGCAGCGGGCAAGUAGGGGUGGCCAGCGCCGGCUUGGAGGGAUGGCCUCCCUGAGGUUUCGUGGGGUUGCUCAGCAGCCUCUAAACAACUAAGUCAUGUGGUACUUCUCUUCUUCCCCCCCGACCUCACGUGACAGCCAUUGUGAGACUGACGCACAAACUGUCACUUGGUUAAUUUAAGCACAUCUGUUCUGGUGCAGUUUGCUUGUUUGUUUCUUCAUGCCUUUACUUACUGUCUUUGUCCCAUGAUACUGAUUGGCGCGUAGCCCCCAAAAUGGCAAAAUAAAGCCUCUUUGAUCUGUUCUUUAAAAGAAACACCAGAAACUGGCCAUUGGCAAACUUUGUGGCUUUCACUGUUUUUCAUCUGGUGCCAUCAAUAGAAGUCCCCUGCCUUUUCUUUUUGCAUGGUUUUGCCCACCUUUACGAUCAUGAUAAUCUGAAGUUGAAGGUGAAAUAACCAAUAUAAAGUAUACUUCCUGGUCUUGCUCCACAGGACGUAAGCAAGGUCUUCAUCACUGUUCAUACAUAUAAAUGGUGGUAAAAUAAAAUAAUAAACUCCAAUAUUUUUACUUGAAAUGUAAAUAAGUUAUUUCUUUACUGGAUCUGGAACUCUUAGUGCACAUUUCAUGUUAAGCUAUUGACUAUUGGAUAAUUUCUCCAUCGAGUCUGGAAAGUACAUCUCGUAUCCAAUGCACCAGGUUGGUAAUUACAUUAGCAUGUUUCCCUUUACAUUUGCUUUUGUUCUUGCUAGAAGCCCAGUGCAGCUCAGAGCAGAUGUCAAUAAAUGUACGUUUUGUACUUGA